CCCAGCUGCUGAAAUGUGAUACAAGUUGUAAGAAAAUCGGAAGUUGGCUGGGCUGCCUUUGCUUCUCAAGAUGGCAGUUCUUGGAUUUAUCGCUGGUGUCUUCAUACAUCUGUUGCACAUUAGUUCUGUGGCUAAUUAUCCCAAUGGAAAAGUAGGAAAGUCAUGUCAUGGAAUGAUCCCGGAACAUGGUCACAGUCCACAGUCUCAUCCUGUUCACCACAUUUCGGUGAAUCAGAAAACAUUCAGACCAGGAGAUCAGCUCAAAGUGACUUUGUCAGGGCCACCAUUUAAAGGCUUUCUCUUAGAAGCUCGUGAUGCUGAGGAUCUGAGUAGUCCACUUAUUGGCUCCUUCACAUUGAUCAACAGUAGUUUGUCGCAGAUUCUCACCUGUGAAGACAUACAGGGGUCAGCUGUGAGUCAUAGAAACCCAUCCAAAAAAAAUGAUAUAGAAGUCUACUGGAAUGCUCCGAGCAAUGCCCCGAACCAUAUACAGUUUCUAGCCACAGUUGUUGAGAAGUAUAAAAUCUACUGGGUGAAGAUUCCUGGUCCUGUAAUUUCACAACCAAACGCACUACCCUUUACGACACCUAAAACUACGAUAGUACCUUUGUCAACGUUACCACCAGACUCGCAUUUAACCAAACCCUUUAGUGCUUCAGCCUGCGGGAACAAGAAAUUCUGUAUCAGGAGUCCUUUGAACUGUGACCCAGAGAAGGAACGUGCCUGCGUCUUUUUGUCCUUCGCGCGAGAUGGCCAAUCGGUGAUGGUUGAAAUGAGCGGUCCCAGUAAAGGCUAUUUAUCCUUCGCACUGUCUCAUGAUCGAUGGAUGGGUGAUGAUGACGCGUAUCUGUGCAUUCACGACGAUCAGACUGUGCACAUACAGGCUUCUGGUUUGACUGGACGAAGUCACCCUGUGAUGGACUCUGGGGGUUCUCUUGAGGAUAUGGCUUGGAGGUUGGUGGAUGGUGUUAUGCAGUGUUCUUUCAGAAGAAACAUUACCCUUCCUGAUUUUAAGAAUAGAUUUGAUCUAAACACAAGCUACUACAUAUUUAUAGCAGAUGGUGCAGCUGAUGAUGGUCGAAUUUAUAAACAUGCCCAGCAACCUUUGAUUACAUAUGAAAAAUACAAUGUGGUGGAUUACCCAAAGAACAUAGGAGGAUCCCAUUCUUUGCUCCUUCUGAAGGUUCAUGGUGCCUUAAUGUUUGUGGCAUGGAUGACUACCGCUAGCAUAGGUGUACUGAUUGCCCGGUUCUUCAAACCUGUUUGGUCAAAAACUUUCUUCUUUGGUGAAGCAGCUUGGUUUCAGGUACAUCGAAUGCUCAUGAUCACUACAUCUGCCCUCACCUGUGUUGCGUUUGUUCUGCCUUUUAUGUACAGAGGAGGCUGGAGUCGGCAUGCAGGUUAUCACCCAUACCUUGGUUGUAUGGUGAUGACUUUAGCAGUUCUUCAGCCUCUUCUGGCAGCCUUCAGGCCACCUAUACACGACCCAAGAAGACAAAUGUUUAACUGGACUCAUUGGAGCAUAGGAACAGCUGCUAGAAUAAUAGCGGUGGCAGCAAUGUUCCUUGGAAUGGAUUUACCAGGGCUGAAUCUUCCGAAACCCUGGAAAACCUAUGCGAUGAUUGGAUUUGUAGCCUGGCAUGUUGGAACAGAGAUUGUUCUGGAGAUACACGCUUACCGACUCACUCGGAAAGUUGAAAUAUUGGAUGAUACUAGAAUUCAGAUCCUUCAGUCAUUUACUGCUGCUGAAGCCGAAGGUCAUACAUUUAAAAAGGCGGUGUUAGCAAUUUACAUCUGGGGAAAUGUGACUUUUCUCGUGAUAUUCUUAUCUGCAAUCAACCAGCUAUAAGCACAUCAAGAACAUGGAUUUGUUUUGCAGACCAGGUGAUAAUUAUCAUCCAGCUAAAGAAACUUGAAGCUUGCGCCGACUGCCUCGAGCAUAUUCUUGAAUUCUAACUUGGAAGGUGAGGGUCAUGUUUAUGGAAGCAUUCUGAAGCCUGGCCUGUAGAGAUCAGCAUUCAACAGAUUUCCGUGGAUUAUAAAAGGAUGUCAAGCCUUUCUGUGUAAUUCUGGGUCUUAAAGGGAGGGCUGUUCUUGACGAGAAGUUGCUCUCAAAUACUUUCUCUGCCACGUUUUUAAGAAUGUUAGCAUUUCAGAAAAUAAAUAAGACCCAUUGAGAAAACAGAAAACUAAAUCUGUCAUCAGGAUGAAAAGGAGAUUCUUUUUUUUUUUGCAGUAUUAAGACUGCAAAGGUGCUGUGGUACAUUAAAGAAAACACUUUUUUUUAAAUUAGUUUAUCUAAAUGGCCCUUUUUAGGACUUUACAAAAAACCAUGUUUUUCAGUCCAGUGUUUUAGACACGUCAUUUGCUCUGUGUAUGUUGUUACUUCUCUGGUAAAAAUGGAGGUGGGGCAGACACCAUUGUGAGUUCAUUCACAUUUUAAAUAUAUUAUAAAUAUUAUAAUUUAUUUCUUAGGAAUGAAAUGCAAGUAUUCUUCUUCUGCUUAGAAAUCCUUUUAUAUAUAUUCAUUUAGGGACCUGAAAUGACAUAUCAUAUAUUAAUUGCCUUGAGUAUAAGAUUUAAAUCCUGUAGCAUACGGAGGUUGUAGACUUGCAUUUCAAAAUUAAUAAAACUCACCCAUGUAAACAUAUCUAACAGUUACUCUUUUUCCUUACCGAAAUAAAGUAAAAUGGGUGAUUCUGCUUUGUCAGCUGUUCCUGAUGUCCUAAGGAAUCAGAGUGAUCAGUGUUGUUUUCCUUUCUACUCCAAUUGUUUAUGGUUAGGUCUUGUAUUUGCUAUGAGGAUUUCUAGCCAAUGGGUGGCGCUAUGAUACCGAAGUAACUGCUGUGUUCCUGUUUCCUUGUGAUUUAUUUUUAGUACUUAAAUAACAUCAUGGUGUUUCUCUUAAAUUCCCUUAAAUUCCACCAACUCUUCUUUGUCUUCAUUUAAAAAAUUUCUACAUGAUUUUAUUUUUUGGGUCAGAGUUACAGGGUAGAAACUCAAAUUAGGGACCAGAGUUGUUCUUUUCUGGUUUCAUUUUUAUCGUUUGUUUGUUGUCUAACCAUAAUUAUUUAUAACAAUUGUUUAAUAUUUUCAUUUAUAUUCUUCUGACCCUGUCACAAAUGAAUAUAACUAUACUAGGCAAAGGAAGCAGCAAACCCAGGCAUUCUUAAAAUAAAAAAGUUUAGGGAGUCAUACUUGCCUAUUCCUUAAUUGUUAUUCCUGGUUAUGUUAUAGUUUCUGUGUGGUCCAAGGACCUAAUUUCUAUCUGGUAUAAAUAAUAGUCUCAGCUAUGUAUCCUACAUAUUUUACUGCAUAAAAUGAUAUGCAAUUUUUGUAUUUAUUCCUUCUGUAGGUCUUUAUCAUAAGAAGUUUAGGAUUUAGAUGUGAACUUUCUGUGUUCAUGUUUUAUAAGUGCCAGGGUUUUUUCCUUACUGUCUAAGUUUUCCAUUUGAUUGUCUUUAUUGAAAAAACACCUAGUAUAGCAAAUACUAAACACUAAACUAUUUUCUUCCAGUUCCUUAUAGAAAGCAUCUUAAAGGUUAAUACAUUUCUCUUAAUAAAUUAUAUUCUAUGCCUGACAAGGAAAAAUUCUGUUAAGCGAAAGAUGAGCCUUGGUGUGUUUGGUUUUCAAAAUAUGUGAACUUCCUGGACUUCCAGUGCUAAGCCUAAGAUAUUUUAACUUCUUCUUUUUCACUUAUUCAUCUGUUGGCACUCUUUUUUUAUAAUUAAUUUUAUUUUGUUUUUGAGAAUAUACACAGCAGAUCCCAUACCAAUUCAACAAUUUCUACCUGUACAAUUCAUUGACACUGAUUACAUUCUUUAAGUUAUGCAACCAUCCUCACCCUUCUUUUCUGAAUUGUUCCUCCUCCACUACCAUAAACUCACUGCUCCCUAAGUUUCCUAUCUAAUCUAUCUAUUGUCAGUUUGAACCCAUAUAGAUAGUUCUUGAAAGAACAAUACUCAAGGCAGACAUUCUUUGCUAGUUAAGCUAAGCUAUUGUUUGGUUUAAGACUUCAGGGGAAAGUAUUCUUUGAUGGUUAUAAGGGUGGGGAGGGGUGGGGAGGGAAAUUCGCUAACUAGAUAAUAGACAAGGAUCCUCUUUGGUGAAGGAAAGACAACAUGCAAUACAGGAGAAGUCAACACAACUGGACCAAAGCAAAAGCUAAGAAGUUUCCUGCACACAUCCAAACACUUCGAGGGACAAAGCAGCUGGGUUUGGGGCUUAGGGACCAUAGUUUCAGGGGACAUCUAAGUCAAAUGGCAUAAUAAAGUUUAUUAAGAAAAUUGUUCAGCACCCCACUUUGGUGAGUGGCGAGCAGCCAUCUAAGAUGCACCCGUUGGUCCCAACCCACUUGGAGCAAAGGAGAAUGAAGAACACCAAAGACACAAGGAAAACAUUAGCCUAAGAGACCAAAGGGCCACAUAAACCAGAGACUCUACCAGCCUGAGACCAGAAGAACUAGAUGGUGCCUUGCUACCACCAAUGACUGCCCUGACAGGAAACACAACAGAGAAUCCCUGACGGAGCAGGAGAAAAGCGUGGAGCAGAACUCAAAUCAUGUAAAGAAACCAGAUUUAAUGGUCUGAAAGAGACUGGAGGAACCCCUGAAACCAUGGCCCCUGGAUGCUUUGUUAACCCAGAACUGAAGCCCACUCUUCAGACAAAAAUCAGCAGGACUAUAAAACAAAAUAAUGCACGUGAGGAGUGCGCUUCGUAGUUAAAUCAGAUACACAAGACCAAAUGGACGACCCCUGUCUGGAGGCAGGAUGAGAAGGCAGGAGGGGACAGGAACUGGUUGAAUGGACACAGGGAACCUGGGGUGGAAAGGGGGAGUGUGCUGUCACAUUGUGGAGAUUGCAACUAAUGUCACAAAACAAUAUGUGUAUACAUUUUUGUAUGAGAAAUUAAUUUGAGCUGUAAACUUUCACCUAAAGCACAAUUUAAAAAACAAACAAAAAAGACUCCGGGAAAUAUUUUUGGUUUAAGGUUUAAAGAUUUUCUCAGGACAAUAGUUUUGAGAGUUCAUCCAGCCUCCGUAACUCCAGAAAGCCAGGAGUCCAUGAGAAUUUGAAAUUCUGUUCUGCAAUUUUACUCCUUUUGAUCAGGAUCCUUCUAUAGAAUCUUUGAUCAAACAUUCAGUAGUGGUAGCCCAAAAAAAAAAAAAAACAAGUCUGUUGCCAUUGAGUUGGUUCUGACUCAUAGCCAGGCACCAACCAGUUCUUCUGGUCUCAUGGCAAAGGAGGCAGUUGUUCAUGGAGGCAAUUAGCCACAUAUUCCAUUUCCUCCUCGUAUUCCUGAUUCUCCUUCAUCUGUUGCUCCAGGGGAAUAGAGACCAAUUGUGGUGCUUUGGAUGGCUGCUUGCAAGCUUUUAAGACCCCAGGCACUAUAUAAUGAUCUAGGAUAUAGAACAGAAACACUAAACAAGAUAUUAGGCCAAUUAACUGGGAUAGCCAUGAAACCACGACCCUAAACCUCCAGACCAAGAAACCAAGUCCCAUAAGGUGUUUAGUUGUACGUAAGCAGCCUCAGCAUCUUCACUCAUCUUCAUUUGUAAAGAGCAUUCUGGCUGUACUUCCAAGACAGAUUUGUUUGUUCUUCUGGCAAUCCAUGGUAUAUUCAAUAUUCUUAUUUAACUCCAUAAUUUAAAGACAUCAAUUCUUCUUUGGUCUUCCUUUUUCAUUGUCCAGCUUUCGCAUACAUAUGAGACAAUUGAAAAUACCAUGGCUUGGGUCAGGUGCACCUUACUCCUGAGAGUGACAUCUUUGCUUUUUAACACUUUAAAAAGGUCUUUUGCAGCAGAUUUGCUCAAUGCAAUGCAUCAUCUGAUUUCUUGACUGCUGCUUCCAUGGGCACUGAUUGAAGAUCUAAGUAAAAUAAAAUGCUUGACGACUUCAAUACUUCCUCGUUUCUUAUAAUGGUCCUUAUUCGUCCAGUUGUGAAGAUUUUUUGUUUUCUUUAUGUUAAGGUGUAACCCAUACUGAAGCUUGUAGUCUUUGAUCUUCAUCAGUUAAGUGUUCAGAUCCUCUUCGUUUUCAGCAAGCAAGGUUGUGUCAUCAGCAUAUAUUGAUGCCGUUAAAAUUGGAGUUGGUGUUUUAUCUUAUUUUCCAAUUUUUCAUUGUUAGUAUAUAAAGAUAAAAUUGAUCUUUCUAUAUUGACUUUGCAUCCUACAACUCUGUUAAAUUUACUUAGUAGUUGUAGUCAUCGUUUUGUUUUAA